UGAGCAGCAAAUCAAAGAGCUGAGUGAAAGCGAUGGCCUCACUACUGUUCUUAAAUAUACUGCCGCUACUUGUUUUGGCGGCGCCGGCAGCGGCCACGGCCGCCGGCAAAUGCGCCGCCCCGCUGGACGUCGGAUCAACCGUCCGCGUCCUCCACGCCUUCGGUCCCUGCUCCCCUUUCCGCUCCUCCACCUCUGCCUCCGGUGGCUCUAGCUCUUGGGAGGACGCCCUGAUCAAGGAGCUCCAAGCCAGCGACGCCUCUCGCCUCUUAUUCCUCUCCUCCCUCGCAGCCGGACGCUCCUCCGUCCCCCUCGCCCCCGGCCGCCAGCUCCUCCAGAUUCCUAACUACGUCGUCCGUGCCAAACUCGGUUCCCCGCCGCAGACCAUGCUGGUGGCCCUCGACACCAGCAACGACGCCGCCUGGUUCCCCUGCUCCGGAUGUCUCGGGUGCCCUGCCUCCGCCGCCUUCUCCUCCUCUCUUUCCUCCACCUUCCGUCAGCUCCCCUGCGGCGCCCCGCAGUGCUCGCAGGCCCCCAAUCCCACUCCCUGCUCCUCCGCCUCUGACUCCGCCUCCGCCUGCGGUUUCAACCUCACCUACGGCAGCGCAGCCAUCGAGGCGGGGCUUGCACAGGACUCCCUCGCGCUCGCCUCCGACGUCGUGGCAGACUACACCUUCGGGUGCUUGCAACGCGUCACUGGCGGCGGCGCCACCCUGCCGCCGCAAGGGCUCCUCGGCCUCGGCCGCGGGUCCCUGUCCUUCCUGUCUCAAACCAACAGCCUCUACUCCUCCACCUUCUCCUACUGCCUCCCCAGCUUCCGCUCACUCAAUUUCUCCGGCUCCCUCCGCCUCGGCCCCGUCGGCCAACCCAAGCGGAUCAAGACCACUCCCCUGCUCUCUAACCCCCGCCGCCCCUCACUCUACUACGUCAACCUCAUCGGAAUCCGCGUCGGUGGCCGCACGGUGAGCAUACCUUCUUCGGCGCUGACCUUCGACCCGGCCACCGGCGCGGGCACCAUCGUCGACUCCGGGACCAUGUUCACUCGUCUAGUCGCAUCCGCGUACGCCGCCGUGCGGGACGAGUUCCGGCGACGGAUGGCAAAGGUCGCGGGAGCAGGCAACCUCACCACCCUCGGCGGGUUCGACACGUGCUACGACGGGCCCGCCGCCGCCUCCGCCUCCGCCGUGCCGACGGUGACCCUAAUGUUCUCAGGCAUGAACGUGACAUUGCCGUCGGAGAACGUGGUAAUACGCAGCAGCUCGGGGUCGAUCACGUGCCUGGCGAUGGCGGCGGCGCCGGAUAACGUGAACUCGGUGGUGAACGUGAUCGCCAACAUGCAACAGCAGAAUCACCGGCUGCUCUUCGACGUGCCCAGCGCCAGAAUCGGCAUCGCCCGCGAGCUCUGCACCGCCUGACGUAAUGACGUUGCCCGGCCAGAAAAAUCUACUGCAAAUCCCAAGGGAUCGAUAAAUUAAUUAACGAAUUGUAGCUAUGUUUGCAUGCAUCUAUCUAUGUAUCCAUCCGAUCGAGAAGAUGUUUUUCAUUCAUGAAAACUUUGCGAUGGAUCUGAAAAAUAAGUUUAGAUGUUUAAAUUCAUCGUUUUAAAUUAUGUUAAAGAAGAUGAUAAUCUUAUAUAUAUUCUAGAAUAA